AUGAGACCAAUCAAAUUAAUGGGGCAUGAGCGUUCCUUGACUCAAGUUAAGUUCAACAAGGAAGGGGAUUUAAUUUUCUCCGUUGCCAAAGAUAGUUCUGCAUCCAUUUGGUAUUCAUCAAAUGGUGAAAGAUUAGGAACUUUAGAAGGACAUAUGGGUACUAUUUGGUCGAUUGACGUUGAUUCCAAUUCCACCUUAGCUGCCACUGGUAGUGCCGAUAUGACUAUAAAAUUAUGGCAAGUAUCAAAUGGUGAAUGUGUAUACACUUUUGAUAUGCCAACACCAGUUAGAAGAAUUGCAUUUUCUCCAGAUAAUAAAAAAUUAUUAGCGGUUACUGAUCAAGUUAUGGGUCAAAUCGGUACCAUUACUGUUCUUAAUAUAAAUAACGAAGAAUUAUCCAACCAAUCAUCAGAACCAGCUUUAAUCAUUAAAACCAGAGAAGAUGCUAAAAAAGUUACCAUUGCCGGUUGGUCAGACAAUGGUGAAUACAUUAUUGCUGGUCAUGAAGAUGGUUAUAUUUCCAAAUACAAUGGUAAAACCGGUGAAUUCAUUCAAACCGUUCAAGCCCACGGUAUUCAUAAUGAAGAAAAAGUUCUUGCAGUUACUGAUAUACAAUUUGCCCCUGAAGAUAAAUCAUACUUUAUUACUGCUUCUAAAGAUAAAUGUUCUACUUUAAUUGACGUUGAAUCUUUCGAAAUAUUAAAAGUCUAUAAAGCCGAUGCUCCAAUGAAUACUGCUGCCAUAACCUCUGUUAAAGAUUUUGUUAUAUUAGGUGGUGGUCAAGAAGCAAGAAAUGUUACUACUACUGCUGAAUCUCAAGGUAAAUUCGAAGCAAGAUUCUAUCAUAAAAUUUUCAUCGAUGAAAUCGGUCGUGUUAAAGGUCACUUCGGUCCUUUAAAUACUAUUGCAGUUCAUCCAGAAGGUACUGGUUAUGCUAGUGGUGGGGAAGAUGGUUUUAUUAGAUUGCAUUUCUUUGAUAAAUCUUACUUUGAUUUCGAAUUUGACGCCGAAAGAACUGAAAGAGCUAUUGCUGCAGGUGCUACUUAGUUUAACGUCAUAUUAAUGUGAUUAAUCCAACUACUUAACGUCAUAAUUUAGAAAAUAAAAAAUGAAAAACCAUAUAAAAAAAAUUUUUUUUUAUUAAGAAGAACUCUGUCUUCCAAUUAUAAACUUUUCUGAUUUACUCUAGUG